AUGCCCGGGGAUGAGGGAAACAAUGGCCUCAUAUCUGGUCAAAAUGGCCAGUACGAGCAUGAAUCCCAGAAUCUCCUGUCCAGCCCACACGAAGAGUCCGACGACCCCAUGGUUUACCCCGGAUCAGCCAACUCGCCCGCGACACCCGCGGACAACGCCCGACGCGCAAAGCGCCAAUCCUCCAUAUCGCAGCCUGCCCCGGACGGACAACGCCGUACCCCGCGCACAACAAAUCGAGUUCGAUUUAACCUGGACGAGGAGACAGAGGACGAAGGCUACCCCAAUGGCCACGUCCGCAGCUCGGAGGACACACGAUGGCUAGACGAGGAGGACUAUGAGCUCGGCGAGCAGGGAAGAGCUGGCGGCAUACGCAAUACAGGCCAGAGUGUUCCUCUGCUCACCAAUAUCGAAGCCCCCAGUGUGACCCUCGCAACCUCGGACGACUUCUUUCCCGAAGACCACCUGGAGAACGCGCGGCCGCGCAGUGGAAUGAAAAUGGCGUUUAUGAAUAUGGCCAACAGUAUUAUCGGAGCAGGUAUUAUCGGCCAGCCCUAUGCUUUGCGCCAAGCAGGCAUGGUCACUGGAAUUCUGUUGCUGACCGCAUUAACCGUUACCGUUGACUGGACCAUCCGCCUGAUCGUCGUCAAUUCGAAGCUGAGCGGGGCCGAUUCCUUUCAAGCGACUAUGCAAUACUGUUUCGGCAAAAGUGGGCUCAUCGCGAUCUCUGUUGCUCAAUGGGCAUUCGCCUUCGGCGGCAUGAUCGCAUUUUGCAUCAUUGUCGGUGAUACAAUUCCUCACGUUCUGGAGGCUUUGUUUCCGGCCCUUCGCGACAUCCCUUUCCUCUGGCUACUUACCGAUCGACGAGCGGUGAUUGUGCUUUUCGUUCUGGGUGUUUCAUAUCCUCUGUCCUUGUACCGGGACAUUGCAAAGUUAGCAAAAGCCUCGGCACUCGCUUUAGUCAGUAUGACCGUCAUUGUCGUCGCAGUCAUCACACAAGGCUUCCGAGUUCCUUCCGAAUCGCGAGGUGAAAUCAAGAGCCACCUCGUCAUCAACUCUGGAUUGUUUCAGGCAGUGGGUGUGAUAUCUUUUGCUUUCGUUUGCCAUCACAACAGCCUUCUCAUCUACGGAUCCCUAAAGAGACCGACGCUCGAUCGCUUUGCAACCGUUACUCACUACUCAACCGGUGUGUCUUUGAUCAUGUGUCUGGCGAUGGGCAUUGCGGGGUUUCUGUCCUUCGGCUCCAAAACCCAAGGCAAUGUCCUCAACAACUUCCCGUUAGACAACAUCUUGGUUAACAUUGCUAGAUUUUGCUUCGGCUUAAACAUGCUGACUACUCUCCCGCUGGAGGCCUUCGUAUGCCGAUCCGUCAUGACCGAGUAUUACUUCCCCGACGAACCCUUCAACUCACAUCGACAUUUGAUAUUCACAACUUCGUUGGUGGUGACCUCUAUGGUGCUGGCACUCGUAACCUGCGAUCUGGGAAUGGUUUUCGAGCUCAUUGGGGCCACCAGCGCUGCCGCACUGGCUUACAUCUUCCCCCCUCUAUGUUAUAUCAAACUGAGCAGUGCUAGCCGCCGGGAAAAGAUACCAGCUUACGCAUGCAUUGGGUUCGGGCUUAUCGUCAUGGUGGUUUCUGUUGUGCAAGCCAUUGCCGAUGCCUUCACGAAUGAAGGGGGUCACACGUGUGGUGCUUCGUAG